UCACGAGCUAGUAGCUACAUAUAUUGAUCCCUCCCCUCACACGACAACCACAAACCUAUAUCAUCUCGGGUACAUCAUAAAUAUACUCAAAAAUGAAGGAAUGGAAUAAGAUGCUUUAAUAUUCACUUCCAAUCCAUCUUCAUACACACAUACUUACUUUUUUCUUUUUCUUCUUCCUCUGCCUCUGCCUUUGCCUUUAAAGCUUCCGCCAACAUCCAUUAAUACCUAAUCCACCCCACCAAGCCAAACGACCAUAGCUGCCAGUAGUACGAAAUAGCCUUCCAUCCCUCUAGCCUUCCCGCCUUCCCGAGCACACGACAAUCCUGCCUAGUCAUAACCUUUCUCAAGAGAGCCUCAUUGUGCAUAUUUAAACCUCAGAGCUUACCUUCCUCCUCUAUCAACCCAUUCAAUCGGAAAAUUCUGGCCUUUUCAUUCAUCAACUGAUCAUGGCCGACCAAAACCUAAAGCAAAGGAACAAGGCUCCAACCAUGCCGGCGCCUCUACCGGAUUUUGGAGGAGGAACGAAGGAAAAGGCUCUGGAAGAAGGAGAUCACCCCUCUGGUGAGGUUAGGCAUGGAUCGGUCGCACAAAUUGGCAGGCUGUUAAGUUUUGCGACUUAUUUCUGGGCUUGUUGUUCUACGAUUCAAGCUACACAACUGAUCGGCGUACCUUUAUAUUGGAUCAAUCGAGAUAUAUAUUAUUCAUGGAUGGCACUUACGAAACAAUCAUUCGGACUUCUAAUAACGACGAUGACACAAUGGUGGAGUCCAACAGUGGUUAGAAUAAGUGGUGAUGCUUCGGUAGCAGGGCAAUUGCGAAAGACUGCGGAUGGAAGAGCCGAAUGCGAUUUCCCAGAAAGAUUGAUUAUGAUUGCGAAUCAUCAGCUAUAUACGGACUGGCUCUACCUCUGGUGGGUGGCUUAUACCAACCAACGUCAAACACAUGGUUAUAUUUAUAUCAUUGUAAAAGACUCUCUAAAAUGGGUUCCGAUUAUUGGGUGGGGAAUGCAGUUCUUUAAUUUUAUUUUCAUGUCAAGAAAGAUGGAAAAAGACCGACCAGUAAUGGCUCAUCGAUUCAAACAACUUCAAGAGAAACGCCCGGGGGCUUCGGACCUCGAUCCUAUGUGGCUUCUAUUGUUCCCCGAGGGUACAAAUGCAAGUGACAAUCGAAGAGAGGCGAGUGCAAAAUGGGCGGCAAAAAUAGGCGUCAAGGAUAUGGAGCAUACUCUUCUUCCGAGAAGCACCGGUUCAUUUUUCUGCUUAAAUGAACUUAAAAAGACCGUGGACUAUGUAUAUGAUUGUACAAUGGCUUAUGAAGGUGUUCCGAGAGGAAAGUUCGGCCAGGAUUACUUUACUUUGACCUCUUCAUAUAUCGAGGGGCGACCACCAAAAUCUGUAAAUCUCUUUUGGCGUCGAUUCAAAAUUGCCGAUAUGCCUCUGGAUAACCCUGAAAAAUUCGAAGUAUGGUUACGAGAGAGAUGGUAUGAGAAGGAUGCUUUGAUGGAGCAAUACAUGACUACUGGUCGAUUUCCCGCCAACGUGACUUCAGAAAAAGGGACCGUGGAAGAAUUCAUUGAGACGGAAGUUAGACCAAAACAUUGGUGGGAAGUUUUUAAUAUCUUUAUUGUUUUGGCUACUACAGGAUUAAUUGCCAAUUUACUUGCCAAGGUUUGGAAUGUAGCCUUAUAUGGUAUUACGAGGAGAUGAAUCCACGCGUGUGUACCUGGUAUUUGGAGGUAGGAAAUUUUGAUCUACAUAGGAAUUGGGGGUAUGGCUAAAGGUAUGAAUGUAUAUGGAUGGACAGCAUAGCAUGGAUUAUUAAUGACUCAUGAAGUGAGUGGUGUUUUUUAAGGUCGGGUGGGUGGGAUAGGCAUUUUUCUUAUCAGAUAUUCUCAUCUCUACUUUUAUGCGAAAUACCCAGAUGGAUGGAUUAGUAGGUUAGGUUGUGAAUAGAAGAGGGGGGAAGGAAUGAAUGUAUCGAUGAGUUAUUCAUAGGUUUAUAAAUAGUGAGAAUAUGCUUCUUGAGAUUUGAUUUGAUGGGUGUAUUUAUGAAAAGUUCUCUUGAACUGUUUUAUACUGAAUAGUAGUCUUAUGUUAUUACUUGUUUUAUC